ACGCUCUGUUCGCAAUGACCAGUUGAUACGCUCAACAACAGUGAGUAAACUGCGGCAAAGACAGUGACAUCUCAUUCGUAUGAAAACGCUUUCUGGUUGAGUACCCCAAUUGAUACACAAACUUCCUACGCUAGAAAAUGGCAAACACUUCGUGAGGACGAAUGCAAAAUAAGUCCAUAGACAAAGAAAAUCGAUUGAGAUGAUUUAUAAACUAUUCAGAGUUGGAGUUUUCUGGUUGCUGACAUAAAGGCAGAAGAUGAAAAGGUUAUAAUGAUGAAAAAUUACGACGAUGAAUGAAAUAUAUAACCUCUUUCAAUAUUUUGAGCCGAAGACUGAUGAAUAUGAAGGAAUACCCGCUGGAUCGCGAUACGGCAAAAAGAAACAACUAAGUUUGUUUUCUGCUGUACUCACAAAAGUGUAUUGGAAAAAUGGCUCGCAAAACACAGGAGGUCUUCCGUGUCCUCUUACAGUUUAGAUAACGGGUACAUAAUCAGAACUACUCAAAUAAUUCACUACACAAAAACGGUUACAAAUUAUCAAACCAGUGAAUUACCUUUUUGAGGUGAAAGAAUAAAACUUAAUUUUGAAGCCGCAAAAUUAGCGAUGUUAAAAUAGUGAUAACGGUGUUGAAUUAUGAAACAGGCCUGGGGCAAAAAAUUCAAACGUGUGGGAACGUUUUGUUCCUCCAUCUGGAAAAAAAAAAGAGACGAUUCACUUCAAUCCAUUGUUCGUCGUACGAUGAUUAACUUAAUACGAUUUAAUUUUAAUUACUGAUGAAGCGUGUGUCGUAUUGUAAGCCCAGAAACCCCAGUGCGACAUUUUCAAAUUCACCAGACACUUCCUAGAUAAGUAGAAAGCCUGGCUUCUAAUUGAAGCCCUGGGAGAUUUCCACCUAGUUGCUCCGAGUGAACUACAGUACUGCACGUCGAGUGCCGCAGCUCUUUCACGGUGCGCUGGUCCCAGUGUACUAAUCUCGAUCGCUGAUUCGAUUAAUCCAUAAUUUGACCACAAAGAGCAGAGCCCGCCCCAGCCUAUAAGUUUUACUCAUCACGGUCCAUUUCCAAAUUCAUCAAUUUCAGCCAAGACUUGCCGCAGCAGUUGGAACGUACGGUAGAAAAUCGACGAUAUGAUGGACGACUGGCGCCGUAGGAUGCCUACUCCACACUUGACGACCGCCAUGCCGCAUUACCACGGGCUUGAUUUUGGACGUACGAUGCCACUUCGACAUCCGCCGGCAACAGCACACGGUAGAGGUGCCUUUGACACUUCGCCUCAAAGCUUCAUUCCGUUUUCUCAUCCACUGGCUCCCAUACCAAUACCAAUGGCUAGUAGAGAGCUGCCGAUCGCGCCAUCUUCCUCACUUGCCUCCCCACAAAUACCAGCCUCUUCCACUGACAGCUCAAGGCAGCAGAACGUGGAGAAGAAACGUUGGCAAACUGCUAAUUUUCGAUGGAUGUUUACGAAAAGAAAAGGUAAAAGAUGAUUUAAGUGUCGAAGUCGGACAUUAUGAGAACGAAUAUGGUUUUGCAUGCAGUAAAACCCCUGCUUGCAAUGGAUACAAUACUUACAGUUGUCACUCAACUAGUUUACCGCCAUGUUUCUACAUCAUUACAUAUUAGUUUGUAUGUUUAGUCACUAGCGAGCACAUUAAAUGCUGCGCAAAUUAUACAGAUAAAAAUCUGGUGUACAUCACUCUUUCUUUAGACUAAAAACGAACAGAUUCACAAUUAAUUCCUGUUUUUAAAAAUACAUAAGAUUUUGUGGGAAGCCAAUCUCGCAAUAAGAGUGCAAAUUUUUAAAAAGUUCGAAUUUCAACCAUUUCGAGCGUACAACGACAUUCGCUUUGCUCAUUAUACCUUACCUUUGAAAGUUCCAUGCCCCAUUGAUCUCUUUAGUUUGAUGAAAAGAAAGAUCGUAUUUUGUUUUAACAUAUUUUAAUCAUAUGGUUACGAAUGAACAAGAAUCGGUAACACACAGACAUAUUGAUUAUUUUUUCAAAUAAACAUGCCAGCUCAAAAAAAUUCAAGUUUUGUAACGAAAUUAACCGUUUGAAGGACCAAAAAUUUUAAGUCCUUUCUAGAAAACAAAGGUCAGAUUUGAAGUAAGGAACACAGCCAUUCCCUCAGGGAGGAGCGGUUGAUGUAGUACAUUAUGCUCUCCAUUGGAAAGAUGACACAGAAUAUAAUCUAUAAAUCAAAAUAAGCAAUGAACUCGAUUUCAGAAUUCAUCGAGUUAAUCAAUGUACAUCGAUCAAAGUACACGUCAGGAAGGCAUUACAAACUUCAUGUCGCUUCAAAAGAACGCAAAAUUCUAAAAAUCGAUACCAAAAAUGAAUAGAAUAAAAUUUAUCUAGUUUGAUUGAGUUAGUUAGUUAGUUUCACCUGCUCUUAUGGUUGUUUAUUUACGCAAAAACAGGAACUCCUUCUCGGCAUAUUUCGAUUAAAAGCUGUAAAUUGGUAAUUUAUUUUUCAAGAGGUUGACUGACACUAGUGAGUUUUUGUAAUUACUUUGGCUUCGAUAUAAUGUAUUAAUUGAACUCUUGGAUGAGUCACCCAUUUUCAGUGUGAGCUCAACGUAAAAUAGAGUCAUUCGACAGCAAUCCUAUCGAAAUCUUUUAAACUGAUUCUCUAUAAAUUGAUACUCAGAAAGAACAUUCACGGGGGUUUUGUGUAAUAAACGAACAACAACCUGCAGGCUUCUUUGCAAAUUUCUCGGAGCUUAUGUUAGUUUUACUGUGUUUUUUGGCCGGCUAGAAAGCCAGCAAACAUUAAAUCAAGUUGAGAGCUAGGCUUUACUUUUGAAAAUACGUGCUGUGUUUCAAACUGACAUUUGAAGUUCAAAACACUACUCUACUCGUGCAGCAUGGCUGCCAUCAUAUUUCUUGUACCACCCAUGUUUCCCAACACCUUUGGCAAACUCCGUCAAAACAAUACAAUUCUUACUCGACUCUCAAACAUUUUAGUUUAUACAGAAAUAAAUGAGAAAAUAGCUUUUAAAUGUAGUGAUUUAGGUCAACAAAGAUAUCUGCAAAAGCCUUGAUUUAGACCAUUACUCACAGAGGCAUUUCGUCGAGAACACUAAUUGAAAAUUCUUGCCACAUCGAUCAUUCUGAACACGAGUGCUUUCAAACUUGACAUACAUCACUUAAAUGCAAUUUAUAGAAUGACGGAUAAAUUGUCGAUAUUUAACUUAGCUGUGUAGGACUUAAGUUUGACUAGAAGCGAUUAUCAGAGAACUAUCACCCUAAUUGUGUUCUCCAUGCAUUUCUGAGAUUUCUUCCUGUGACACGGGUUUGAGCGGCAAGACAAAGACGAGAUAGCCUUUUCACUGAUCUACCAGCAUUCAUCUUAAUACCUGUUCAUUUAAACUAGACGUCUUUAAAUAACGGAGUCAAAAUCGUUUAUUAGCACUUAAACCACAAACUCACAUUAAAGAGAGCGAUAGAAAACUUGCAAUAUUAUUUCUGGAGCGCACUCGUAUUUGCAAACUCAGAGAACGACCCUUUCAUUUGUAGUUUAUGUUUGUUCUUCACUGCUCCCCUAAAUUAUCGCGUUAGCCCGCUUUGUCUUGCUAGGUCGAUUCAUCAUUUUUGAGUCAAGCAUAAAAAGGUCAAGUUAUCUCUAGUCUCAUCGCCCACAUCCGAAACAGUUUAAUUCACUUUAAACAUUGCGGCUCCAACACAACUUUGCUUCUCCAUCCAAACUGAUCUUGGUGAAACCAAAGCAGAGAUUGAACAAAAUAUUGAUAGAAUCGAUCCAAAAACGUUUGGUUGAUUCGAACAGAUCGGUAAUCUGUAAAGAUCUUUAGGUAAUCGAAGAAGAGCUCUAAAUAACGAAAUAUGGAAAUUUCUUUUUGACACCUGAAAUUGUGUGCGGUUUGGUUUGAUGCAUGAAUGCUUUCAAAAUGACACCUAAGAACCCAAAGGCAAGAUUUGGAAUAGUAAACGAGUGUGCUAAAAUGAAUUUCUUUCGGUUUUUCUUGCAGCUGCAGUAACAAGUGUCUCGGAAAAAGAGGAAGCAAGCUCUGACAAGAAGCAAGAAACGACAGCGAGUCAAAAGAAGAGGUUCACCUUCACACAAAGACAACUGGUUGAAUUGGAGAAGGAGUUCCACUUUAGCAAAUAUCUUACAAGGACAAGACGAAUUGAAAUAGCAUCCAACUUGGAACUUACAGAAACACAGAUUAAAAUAUGGUUUCAAAAUCGGCGAAUGAAGUGGAAAAGAGAACUUAAAGAGUCUAUUCGAAAACAGGGAGUAAACGAGUCACCUGCGGCUCAAUUUAACCCUGGGUUUCAUCAAGGUUUCCAGAGGUCUCUACGAGAUAGUGUUCCUUCCUAUCAACAAAGUGCCCCAGAAAUUUUUGUCCAACAUGCGACACCUCCAUAUUUUCCAAACUACCUAUCGCUUUAAUCUUCAAAAUAUCAGAACUCUAAAUGAAUUUGACUCGAAAAAGCAUAUAAGUUAACACGAAGAUAUAUCGAUUUAAGGUACCUCUUCCAACUGAUAAAGGUUUAACUGUGCAAAAGAUCACAAAAAAUACAGUAUGAUGUUAUUCUUCUAGACUAUUUCUCAGAGGCAAAUACUUUUUGAGUUUCCAUAGCCAGAGCAGCAAAAGCGUCCCUCUAAUUGAAGAGCAUUUUAAGCUGAAGUGAACAUCUGAUAAAAUCUUAUCAAAACAAAACAUACAAAGAGCUGAACAAAACCAAAGGGAUUAGAAAGGAAAUGGCACUUUAAAAAAAACUACCAAGUACAAAAAUUGCGCCUUUACAAAGAAAAUCUAUACCUUUGGUCGACAAGUUUGGAUUUUCGCUCCAGCUUAGCCCCUAAGGAAGAUCAUUAACAGGUCCACAUCGUGAACAACGAGAUAACACAAGAACCACAAUCUGCCACCCAGCCAAAUGGAACGCAUCAAGAUCAUUUCUGUGCACUAUAUGGGAAACCGAGUGAGGCUUGGCGGUGUAAAACUCGGCAACAUUGUUUAUUAGAAUAUUCCAUCAUUUCUUUUCAUUUAGGCUGUCAGCCUGUUGUUACUUUCAGUUGAUCUAGCUGUUCCGUCGAGUUGUCUUUGAUAUGAAGGAAGCACAGUCAUUAGUCACUGUCUCUCUGUAUUGUGUUUCGAACAAAAGGGUGGUAACCCCAUGGACAUCAGACAUGCGCCCCAUCAGUUAAGAUGGAUCACUGGGUCGGCAUUACAACGAAACGUUUUGAUGCAGGUGUGCAAAGACAACACAGAACACAGGAAUACUACAACUGGACAAAAGCUCUUCUGGGAACUCAAAGCUUUUUGUUUACAUUCCUUCUUAAUUUCUGAACCUACAAAUCUUGACAACCUAACAAUAUUUUUCAAAUAGACUGCAGAGAACUUAUGUAAAAAUACAAAGAUAUGCCAUAUCUAUAUAUAAAGAUUUGCCAAUGAAUAUUAGUUGAACAUAUCAAAUGUAUAUAAAUCGUAAAUCAAAGCGAAAUAAAGUCAACUAAUCUAUACC